GAGGUGGAUCCUGCGCCUGCCCAGCCCCGCCUGGCCUUCCCUCCGGCCCACCUGGCCGCCAUGCGCCUCUCCUCCUCCCCACCUCGUGGCCGGCAGCAGCCUUCCAGCUUUGGCUCCGUGGACUGGCUCUCCCAGAGCAGCUGCUCAGGGCCAACCCACACCCCCAGGCCUGCCGACGUCUCCCCGGGGAGCCUCCCUGGCCCGGGCCAGACAUCCGGCUCCCGGGAGCCCCCUCAGGCCGUCAGCAUCAAGGAGGCCGGCAGGUCCUCAAAUUUGCCUGCGCCGGAGAGGAGCGUGGCCGGGUUGAGUAAGAAGCCAAAUAACUUGCGGGCCCCCCGUGUCCGCACGGCCUUCACCACGGAGCAGGUCCGCACCUUGGAGGGCGUCUUCCAGCACCACCAGUACCUGAGCCCUCUGGAGCGGAAGAGGCUGGCCAGGAAGAUGCAGCUCUCAGAGGUCCAGAUAAAAACCUGGUUUCAGAAUCGCCGGAUGAAACACAAACGGCAAAUGCAGGACCCCCAGCUGCACAGCCCCUUCUCGGGAUCUCUCCACACGCCCCCAGCUUUCCACUCACCGUCUUCUGGCCUUGCCAAUGGCCUGCAGCUGCUAUGCCCUUGGGCACCCCUGCCCGGGCCCCAGGCUCUGAUGCUGCCCCCUGGCUCCUUCUGGGGUCUCUGCCAAGUGGAACAAGAGGGCCUGGCCUCUGCGGGGGCUUCCUGCUGCGGGCAGCCUCUGGCGUCCCACCCCCCUACCCCAGGAAGUGGCCUGCCUACGCUGGGACCAGCCCUGUCCACGGGGCCCCAGGGCCUGUGUGCUCUGCCACAGACAGGGGAUGCAUUUUGAGGAGGCGCCUCUGACUCCCACACUCGCGGUCUUGCUGAUCGCACCUGGCUCCUACCUGGAGGACUCAGCUGUUCUGUUCACAUCGUAGUGGCACCUCUCACCCUGACCCACACAAAGCAGCCUCGGGACAAAACAGAAUGACUCAAGGACAGCACUUCCCGCUGAAGGUCUGGAAGUGCCCAGAAUGGGAGGCACGGAAGCCCCUCCCGGGGAGGACUCCCGCGUUGAUGGACCGUUCUUGGUGCAGACUCCUGACUGCAUGCGUGGAAACUGAGGCAAGUGCACAUCCAUCCACGUCGUCCCAGAGUGCCCAGGAGGCAGGCAGCGCGGGGCGCCCAGGCAGACGGGUUCAGCCUGCAGAACUGGAGGCGACCUGUGAAACCCACCCGGGCACCCCAACAGAAGCAGAAGCGUGGUCCUUCGGCCGCGUCCACAGCGAGUUCCACUUUACCCUUGCUCGUUUCUCCCUUGUUGGAAGUGUUUACAACCGGCAUGUGCUUUUGCAAUACAACGUCAGGUAAGAGGGGAACAGCUGCUGUGCAUCGUCCUGGCGAGUGACGAUGUGACAGAAGCCUGGGCGAGGCCCUCAGAGGGCAGUGGCUGGACAGGGGCUACUGGCUUUGGCCUGGACAGCACUGAUUUGUGGAUGUGGA